ACAUACAAAGCUGGUUGUUCUUUAUGUUUCUACAACCUCUUUCUUUCAUUCCCAUUUCCUUGCAAAAGGAACCAUCAUACAUAGUUACAUACCAUGAGUAUCUCCACCACUACCACCACCCCUCUCUUCUGCUUCAACCACUACUUCACAAGAGAAAGAGAACUUUCCAUUCACCGUUCCAGGCCAAAGCCAUUCUCUCUCACUUCCGCUUCCACUCUCACCCUCUUCAACUCCAACAACAACAAUAACUGUAACUAUAGCUUUGCCUCUUGCAAACCACACAAGUUUCACACUCCAAAGUUUGAAGCUUUUGCCACAAACACGGAUACCCUCGAGUCAAUUCAGUCCUCUGAUGUCUCGUUCGAUCAGACUUUCCCCAUCAACCGAACUGAACUGGUGGAGGGAAAGAUCUUUGUAAGAUUGGAUCAGGGGAAGGAUUUGGGAAAUUGGGAGCUUACAGUGGGUUGCAAUCUACCAGGGAAAUGGAUUCUUCACUGGGGAGUUUCCCGUGUGGAUGAUGUUGGAAGUGAAUGGGAUCAACCUCCUCGCGAUAUGAUACCCCCUGGAUCUAUUCCUAUUAAGGACUAUGCAAUAGAGACACCUAUGAAGAAAUCAUUGUCAUCUGCUGAAGGAGAUAUUUUACAUGAAGUCAAGAUUGAUCUUAAACCCAACAAUGAUAUUUCAGCUAUUAAUUUUGUUCUCAAGGAUGAGGAAACCGGUGCUUGGUACCAACACAAAGGAAGAGAUUUCAAGGUUCCUCUGGUCAACUACCUUAAAGAGGAUGCUAAUAUAAUUGGACCUAAAAAGGGUUUUAGUUUGUGGCCAGGGGCCUUGGGGCAGAUAUCUAACAUUCUCCUCAAGUCAGAAGCAACACAUGACAAAGAUCAAGAUGACAACAGUGGAUCCAUAAAUACAAAAGUGGAAAAUAGUCAACUGGAAGGUUUCUAUGUAGACCUAUCAAUUACCAAGGAAGUUAUUGUCGAAAACUCUAUCAGUGUCUCCAUUAGGAAGUGCUCUGAGACAGCUAAGAAUAUUUUAUAUUUAGAAACAGAUAUACCUGGAGAUAUUCUCCUUCACUGGGGUGUUUGUAGGGAUGAUUUGAAGUGGUGGGAAAUUCCACCUGCUCCUCAUCCACCAGAAACAAUAGCAUUUAAGGACAGAGCUUUAAGAACUAAAUUACAGUCAAGAGACAGUGGAGAGGGAAGUUCAGUACAACUCUCUUUGGGAGAAGAAUUUUCUGGAUUUCUUUUUGUUCUUAAGCUAAAUGACAGUACUUGGAUAAAUGACAUGGGAGAUGACUUUUAUAUCCCUCUCCCAAGUUCUGGAAGCAUAAUUACUGGCAACAGAGAAGAUCAAUCAGAAGGUGUGCAGAGGGAAGUGACUGAAGAGGCAGGUCAAGAGGAAUCUAUAUCUGCAUUUACUGAUGAAAUAAUCAACGAAAUAAGGCAUUUGGUGACAGACAUUUCCUCUGAGAAGAAUCGAAAGACAAAAUCCAAAGAAGCACAAGAAAGCAUUCUUCAAGAAAUUGAAAAACUAGCUGCUGAAGCUUAUAGUAUCUUCAGAAGCUCAGUUCCAAGUUUCUCAGAGGAAACUAUUGCGGAAUCUGAGGCUGCUGUGGAAUCUAAGACACUAUUAUUGCCUGACUUGCCUCCACAAAUUUCCUCGGGAACAGGCACAGGGUACGAAAUUGUAUGCCAAGGGUUUAAUUGGGAAUCUCAUAAAUCUGGAAGAUGGUAUAUGGAGCUUAAAGAGAAAGCUGCAGAACUGGCAUCAUUUGGCUUUACUGUGAUAUGGUUACCACCACCUACAGAGUCUGUUUCACCUGAAGGAUAUAUGCCAAAGGAUUUAUAUAAUUUAAAUUCUAGAUAUGGAACUAUUGAUGAACUGAAGGAUGUGGUGAAAACUUUGCAUGAAGUUGGAAUCAAAGUGCUUGGAGAUGCUGUUUUAAAUCACCGCUGUGCUCACUUCAAGAACCAGAGUGGUAUUUGGAACUUAUUUGGAGGUCGUCUCAACUGGGAUGAUCGUGCAAUUGUAGCUGAUGAUCCACAUUUUCAGGGGAGAGGCAACAAGAGUAGUGGAGACAAUUUUCAUGCUGCUCCAAACAUUGAUCAUUCACAGGACUUUGUGAGAAAGGAUCUUAAAGAAUGGUUAUGCUGGAUGAGGGAAGAAAUUGGGUAUGAUGGGUGGAGGCUUGACUUUGUCAGGGGAUUUUGGGGUGGCUAUGUAAAGGACUACCUGGAAGCAAGUGAACCUUACUUUGCGGUAGGAGAGUACUGGGAUUCCCUUAGUUAUACAUAUGGUGAAAUGGAUCAUAAUCAAGAUGCACAUAGGCAGAGGAUCGUUGACUGGAUCAAUGCUACUGCUGGUACUGCUGGUGCAUUUGAUGUUACAACCAAAGGGAUUCUUCACUCUGCUUUGGAAAGAUGUGAAUAUUGGCGCUUGUCAGAUCAGAAGGGGAAACCCCCCGGUGUUCUUGGAUGGUGGCCGUCUCGUGCUGUUACUUUUAUAGAAAAUCAUGACACUGGCUCUACCCAGGGUCAUUGGAGAUUUCCCAGUGGAAAAGAAAUGCAGGGAUAUGCCUACACUCUUACUCACCCAGGAACACCAUCAGUGUUCUAUGACCAUAUUUUUUCUCACUAUAAAACUGAAAUAGCAACACUUAUCUCUAUCAGGAAGCGGAACAAGAUCCACUGCAGGAGUACACUUAAAAUUUGCAAGGCAGAAAGGGAUGUUUAUGCAGCUAUCGUUGAUGACAAAGUUGCUAUGAAAAUUGGACCUGGUCAUUUUGAACCACCUAGUGGAUCUCAAAGAUGGUCCUCAGCUUUGGAGGGAAGGGACUAUAAGAUUUGGGAGGCAUCAUAAUAUAAUUGUUUGUAUUUUGGAAAAUCACCACCACCUUGUAUAUGUUUCUUAGGAGGCAAGUAUAAAGACAGAAGAGUAGAUGAUGGUAUGGCAAGUCACAAUUGAAGUGAGUUGAAAUGUGCCACUGUUGCUGAACGUAUAUAUGCUGCAUUGAAGCAAAUAUUAUAGAGAAGGUUGCAGAGGGUUCAUUUCAACCAAAUGCUGGCUCUUCUGAAAUUAGGAAGCCUUCAUAUUAUAUAUACAUUAUUAUGUUUACAAAGUAUACAAUAUUUAGAUAGUAUGACAAGAUUGUAUAAAACUGCCAUUGAUAGCACAUAAUUCUUCAACAGGUUCCUGGAUCUAGAUGGCAAUGUAUUGGGGAAAAUUUGGAUUGGGAGGUUUUGGACAAAAAGGAAAGGGAGUGUAAAGUUUUAUUUUUUGAAUUAAGAGUAUAUAGUGUUUAUAAAUAAAUGAAUAAGAGAUGAAAAUUUCAUGAUA